UGUAUCCGUAUUUAAAGGCGCCAACAAAGACUAAUUCAGGAGCAGCUUCGCAAACCUGCCAUCUUCACACAUACAUCAUCCAGUAGUACAUUACGGCUUAGUUUAUUUAACGCAUUAAAAUGCCCGAGGAAACAGCAGCUGCUUCAACUGCCGAAAGUAUGGAGGAGAAACCUUGCUCCUCGAGCGCUGCAGACAGCUCCGUCGAUGUUACUGAGGAAGCAAAGAAGCUGAUUGGCACAGGCAACCGGCACUUGGUGAUGGGUGAUGUUGUGUCUGCAGUCAGUGUGUUCCAGGAGGCUUGUGCCAUGCUAGCCGAGAAAUACGGAGACACUGCUGAUGAAUGUGGAGAAGCUUUUUUCUUGUGUGGGAAGGCCCUUCUGGAGCUUGCCAGGAUGGAGAAUACAGUGCUUGGUAAUGCUUUAGAGGGAGUCCCAGAAGAAUCCUCUGAAGAGGGCGAGAAACAGAAUGACUCUAAGAUUGAAAGCGCUGACAACUUGGAUGAGAAAACCAGAGAUGAGCUUCGAGCACAGGUUUAUGAUGCCAUGUCAGAGGACAACAAAACUCAGUCAGAGGUAGGAACGGAGGUGGGGGAAGGUGAGCAGAAGAACCAAGAGGAAGAUAAGGAAAAUCAGAAGGAAGUUGAAGUGCCAAAGGAAACGGAGGCAGCAUCUCCUAAAACUGAGAAACCUGCUGAAAACGAGGCGAAACCUGCUGAAAACGAGGCGAAACCUGCUGAAAACGAGGCGAAACCUGCUGAAAACGAGGCGAAACCUGCUGAAAACGAGGCAAAACUAGCUGAAAACGAGGCAAAACCUGCUGGAAAUGAGGAGAAACUAGAUGAAAAUGAGGCAAAACCUGCUGGAAACGAGGAGAAACUAGCUGAAAACGAGGCAAAACCUGCUGGAAAUGAGGAGAAACUAGAUGAAAAUGAGGCAAAACCUGCUGGAAAAGAUGUUGAGAAGUCAAACGGUGUGGAUGAAGGUGCAUCUAAAAAGGAGGAUAUCACUGUGUCUAAUGGAGUAACAGAAAAGGCUGAAGAUGAAGAGGAGAAAAAUGGAAAUGAAGAUUCUGAAGAACCCAUGGAAGAGGAUGGUGGAGAUGACGAUGAUGAGGAUGAUGAAGAUGAGGAUGCCGAGGGUGAGACAAAGGAUAAGGAAAGUGAGGAGGAUGAAGUUGGAAACCUGCAGUUGGCCUGGGAGAUGCUUGAGGUUGCAAAGGUGAUUUAUAAAAGAAAAGACAGCAAAGAAGAUCAGCUAAUGGCAGCACAAAUUUACCUGAAACUUGGGGAAGUUGGAGCUGAAUCAGGGAACUACAGCCAGGCUCUGGAGGACUUCAAUGAGUGUUUAACCUUGCAACUGAAACACCUUCCCUCUCAUAGUCGUCUUUUGGCUGAGACUCACUACCAGUUGGGCACAACCUACAGCUACACAGCCCAGUACAGCCAAGCCAUCGAGCACUUCUCCAACUCUAUCAAAGUCAUCGAGAGCCGUCUGGCUAUGCUUCAGGAGGUGAUCGACAAAGCGGAAGGUGCAGAGGCAGCAAAGGAGAAGAAUGAGCUUGAGGAGUUGAAACAGUUACUGCCAGAAAUUACUGAGAAGAUUGAAGAUGCCAAGGAGAGCCAGAGGACGGCUGCUGCAGCUUCUGUGGCCAUCCAUCAGACCCUUGCGGGAGCAUCCACUUCAUCUGCUUUCCCAGCUGAAAAUGGUGGCCCGUCUUCAUCUACUGCUAGUCAGAUUCCUGCAGGGCCAACUGAUGGUGCAUCUUCCUCAAAAUCUGCAUCUGAUAUUUCUCACCUUGUUCGCAAAAAGAGGAAACCAGACGAGGAGAGUCCAAAAAAGGACAGUGAUGCUAAAAAGACUAAACAGGAGACCUCAGUUAAUGGCAGCGAUGACUCCGCCCACAACGGCAAUGGAGUCCAGGAGAAAAUGGAGCAGGAGUCGGCCAAUUCUUCCUCUGUGGAGACCUCUGCGUGAUGGGCAUCCUCUGAUUGACCACUUACCUUCCAACCAGCAGAGCAUGUCUGCCUCGUACUCUCCAUGAACAACUUUUGUCUCUGUUCUGUAAAUAACCCGUUUUCUUUGUCCACCUUUUGUAUAAUUGUAGUAAACUUUCAAUAAAGGAUAUUUGCAUAUGUGAA